CCCCGCGCGGGCCAACGAGAGCAAGCCCAGUGACUCACCUCCGCCGCGCUAACUCUUCGCAGCUCUCUCCCUCACACACGCUCACACCCGGCUCGAGAUGGCGGCAGCGGCAGCGGCAGCGGCGGGGGACUCCGAUUCUUGGGACGCGGACACAUUCUCCGUGGAGGACCCGGUGCGGAAGGUGGGGGGCGGCGGCACUGCCGGCGGAGACCGCUGGGAAGGCGAGGACGAGGAUGAGGACGUCAAGGAUAACUGGGAUGAUGAUGAUGAUGAAAAGAAAGAGGAAGCAGAAGUAAAACCAGAAAUAAAAAUUUCAGAAAAGAAAAAAAUAGCAGAGAAGAUAAAAGAGAAAGAACGGCAACAAAAGAAAAGGCAAGAAGAAAUUAAAAAGAGGUUAGAAGAACCUGAAGAACCUAAAGUGCUAACGCCAGAAGAACAAUUAGCAGAUAAACUGCGGCUUAAGAAAUUACAGGAAGAGUCAGACCUUGAAUUAGCAAAAGAAACUUUUGGUGUUAACAAUACAGUUUAUGGAAUAGAUGCUAUGAAUCCAUCUUCAAGAGAUGAUUUCACAGAGUUUGGAAAGUUACUAAAAGAUAAAAUUACACAAUAUGAAAAGUCACUAUAUUAUGCCAGUUUUUUGGAAGCCUUAGUUCGAGAUGUGUGUAUUUCAUUGGAAAUUGAUGACUUGAAAAAGAUUACCAAUUCAUUGACUGUGCUUUGCAGUGAAAAACAGAAGCAAGAAAAGCAAAGCAAAGCCAAAAAGAAGAAGAAAGGCGUGGUUCCUGGAGGGGGAUUAAAGGCCACCAUGAAAGAUGAUCUGGCAGAUUAUGGUGGUUAUGAUGGAGGCUAUGUACAAGACUAUGAAGACUUCAUGUGACAUUUUAUCUUCUCCUGGUGUCUUCUUUCUGUUGCCCACAAUCCCUUCAACAUGUAGCACAACUUCCUUUCCUUUCAGUUCUGCCAAAUGCUACAAUCAGAAGUGCAGUAUCUUUUGUGCUGGUUAUUUUACCCCUUGACACUUAGGUGCUAAUGUGCAAAUGAGGGAACCUGGAUCUUGCUGCCAAGGGGUUAAAAUUGGGGAACCUCAAUUGCUACUAAAUCAUAGUUUAAAAAAACAAACCUAAUAAUGUUGUCAUUGUUGCUAUUUGAUUCCAUAGCAGCAGUCACUAAAUUGGAAACAAAGGUUGCAACAUGACAAAAAAUUAUGUAGUAUUUACCAGCACCAUUCAGUAAUACAGCCUUAACCAUACCUCCUUGAACUACUUCAUAACUUGUCAAGAAAAGCAGUUUGCAGCAAGGGCAUGUGGUGUGCACCUAGUAUUAAAAUUGCUUUGUCUUAAAAUUGAGCGUGAGGAUGUUAAAAAUACAUUGUGAAGAAGACUGCUUAUCUCAGACUGAAGAUACUGCAGCUGAAAAGUACUAGUGUGAUACUUAAAAAUUAAAUGACCAAAACCCUCCAACUUUGAAGCUGAAGAAGGUAAACUUCUCCAUUUUUGCAGUACAAGUUGUGGAAUCUCUUAUUUAUCAGACUGUUUCUACUGAUGAAGUACUUCAGAUUGGGGAGGGAAACUGUUUUUAUUUGCCUGAUUCAGGUGUCUGAGAAACAGAUCUCUUUGUUCUCCUUGGCUGCAAUGGAACAACUUUUAACAGGGUUUUGGCAUUUCCUUUCCUUUAUAAAACAUGCUCAGCAAACUGCACCAGUUAACUACAGUUUGGUAAAUUGUUAUGUUAACAAUUAUGACAUCUGCAAUGUUUUAUAAAGCAACUAAUUUAAUAAAAAUCACUAUUGUGAGGACUAUAAAUUUUGUGUUACCUCCCAAGAGAUAUUUUUGGAGAGUACAGAACGCACCUCUUGGGACUAGAGUUCUUUAUAUACUUAAUAAAGCUUAAUCAGUGCUUGACGUAGUUAACAGCUUUAUAACAGUGAUUUACCAGGUCUUUAAUAGUGUCACCUUAGAGCAACAAAGGUGUAGGGGCUGUCUUCCUCUUACUUGGGAAGUUAUUUUGUUUAGAUACUAAAGCCUAAUGAAGUACCUAAAACAACUAUUUAUUUGGAAUUAUAGAGUCUACAACUCAGGAUAUGGCUAUAAGCAUAAAUUGAGGGAUCUUGUUUAUUAUAUUUUAAGUGAUUUGACCAAAUUUGUGGUUUGAGUCUUUUUUAUUUCCCUAAUUGUCAUAACCAAAAUAAGAAAUAUUCCUCAUUUCCAUAGGAAAUACAAACCUCAAAGCUCUGUAGACUACUAAGUGGAAAACAUGACCAUAUAAAUGACUUAAUAGAAGGCCAUGCUUACACAGCAAUAAUCAUAGUAAAUGUUGUUUUAAGGCAGACAAGGGCUAAGAUUUUCCUUAGCAUAAUAAUGACAUACACUGAAUUUUAAAUCUAUUUUAUUAUAGAAAGAUCAGUUUCUAACAAAUGAAAAUGUAUCACCUGUUCCUUAAUUGUGUAAAUAAUAUUAAAUAUCUUUGAAACUGGAAUCUACAGGCAUAGGUAUUCUUUAAUCAUUACUGUAUCACCUCCUAAUACAGAAGUCAUCCUGAGGAAGAGGAAUACCAGUAUCCAUAUAAAACGGGAUAGAUGAACAAUCACUUCAAAGUAGAAAUUUUCCUGGUGAAGUCUCGCCUUCAUUACCUACUACCUACAAAGAGUGAUAUGGUACAGUCCUGAGCUUUUUCAAUUCAGACAACAAAGAUCCCCAGUGCAUUAUUCUACUCUGAUCAUGAACAUCUGUCAGAACCUCACAACAGUACAAGAAAACAGGCACCUUUGAGAUCAUCUAACCUGAAAGCAUAUCCUUUAGACAGCAACUUGUUUGAGGGUCCUUCAGAAGUACAUUUAUAAUUUCAUAAAAUUUGUGUUCAUAUGCCAACUUGUAAUACAGGUAGAUAUCUUCACAAUAUGAAAGUAACUUCUUCAAGUUUUCUGUGACCACACUGGUAGGCUGAUGUUGUUUAUAUCUAGACAAAAGAAACAAGAAUGUAAAGGGUAAAACACUAUCUUAAGGGCCAUCAGCUCUGAGUACCACUACUUAUAAGAGACAGUGCUGUAGCCUUGGAAAUUAUCAAAUACCCCCUGAUAUGAGUUUGUGAUAAAUUGUUUUAUUAAAGUAUGUAUGUUAAUGCUUACCUUAAUAAUUAGAGUAAGUUUAGUUCUCCAAAAGACAUCUCAGGCAAGCUGAAUAGCUAUCCUCUCAUUUUAAGUACAAAACACCAUAAGCAAACAUCUCAUUCAUCCAUCUUCUAAAUGAUCACUUCUGGAAAUUGACAUUUUGCCAUUUUAAGCUGAAGGGGAGCUAAAGGUAUAUUGUACCUAGCUAUAAAUUUCUUACUCUCAUUUCUCUUCAAAGCUGAGGAAAUGAUUAUAGUCAAAAACACCCCCCAAUAGACAGGGUCUCAACUUGUUUUCCAUGCUUGUCUUGGCUUCAGUGAUCUUCCUGCCUUAAGCCUCCUGAGUAGCUCUAGCUGAGACUAUAGGCUCGUGCCACAGCACUUAGCACAGAAAACUUUCAAUACUUACUUUUUUGAAAUUUCUUCAAUUAUACUAGGUCUUAAUAAUCUUUGUUGCUUAAAUUCUUCCAAGUAAGUAAAAUCUCCUUUAAGAAUUACUUGUUGGUAUAGAAUUUCAGCCCAAUCUGGAAUGAAGUCAUAGGCCUCAGCCACAAUAGAAGCCUUUUUUGAAAGAACAGAAGCGAAUACCAUUAGAGCCAAUUUGAUGUUAAAGUUUAAGGCAAACUGUUAUAGAAAACAACAGUGAAUUAUCAUUUCUCAAUUAUGUUAAAAGGAUCUAUGUAUCAGAGUCAAUGUAAAGUCAUAUGUUAAUCUGGCAUUUCCUCUCCCAUAAACACCCAAAUAUCUUCUUUCACUUUUUUCUUUUUGAAGGGGGGGGGGUUGCCAGGAUUGAACUCGGGGGCACUCAACUACUGAGCCACAUCCUCAGCCCUAUUUUUUAAUAUUUUAUUUAGAGAAAGGGUCUCAGUGAGUUGCUUAGUGCCUCCCUGUUGCUGAGGCUGGCUUUGAACUCAUGAUCCUCCUGGCUCAGUGUGCUUAAUGUUCCACAAAAUGAACUAAUAAAACUGAGAAAGAAUACCAUAUUAUUCCCACUAACUCAACUGUAUAAGGAACAAUGAAAGGGCUGAUUCCCUGACAUCAAACCCUGUUCAUAAAAGGGCUACACCCAAUCUCCUGGCAGUCCUAGAUUUCUGAUGCUGACCUGGGGUUCGCUGCUCUGUAAAUGUUGGGGUAAGAUUAUCUGACAGCUAAACCAGGCUGGGCUGCUGUGGUUCUGUUCCUGGUACUGAGACCUCUGGCAAUUCAUUCAACCUUUGGUCCCACGAGUGGUAUAAUAAAAGGGAUGCUGACAGUUCUGGCUAGUUUUUUUGUUCACCUGGUAGAACCGAGGUAGGGCCAUGAUACAGUCCAUCAGCUUCUGGUGGCUCAAAUUGAUGAGCAUCGUGUUCUGGCCAGUGUUCAGAAAGUGAAUCUGUAGUGUUAUUAACCUGGUGAGCCGGUGACAGUGCAGAGCCUGUCGCACACAGGAGUCCUGAGAGAUGAGGACAGAGGGAGGCAUAGGCAGAGACGUUUGACUAACAUCUUUUAUGUGAACCCUCCAACUGUAGUCACCCAUUAUACUCUUGUUUAAUUUAACCCAUGACACCCUCCCCACUUCACUUGGAAAACCCCAGCACUAAAAAAGAAAAAAUUAUACUACAAACACUAAUUCCCAAGGCCAAUCUGGAGUUACUACUUUGUAGCUACCUUGGCAUAACUCUCUGCUGCAUCCAGCAUCAGGGUCAGGGCCUUCAGCAAUAGCUGCUUCAGCUGGUGUCCAUCCUUGAGGUUGUCCUCUGCAGAGGGAUAAAAGACAACUGCUGAGUCUGACUUACUCUAAGGCAGGCUGUUCUUGCCCACCCACAGUGAUGAUGGGGACUAGAAAAGAAACAUCCCAGCUGUGUUCAUAGGGAGGCAAGUGUAUCUCACUCAGGUAAAGGGUAUUGGGCCAAAAGUAUAUAUAUCUGACUACAACUUCACUCUGGAGGAUUUAGUGCCCCUGUAGUUCUUCACUUCUUUCUGGAACAUCCAGGAAGGCUUAUGUGGCAUCACCAUGCACAGUAGUUCCUGAUGGAUGCUACCUGGGUCCCAAGAGUGCACAGGCCUUGAACGUGCCCCUCCACCUCAUAUCUGCCUGACUGGGUCCCCAUAGUGACAAAUACCCACUGCAAUCUCUAACAGCCAGUCUCACAAGCUCUUGUCCUUGGCCCUAAAAACUCCCUGAUUAGUAGCUUUGCUUUGGGGAGUGCUCUGUGACCUUGCUCACCCCAAGGCUGAGACUCAAUCAAUUUCAGUUGAAUGCAGGCAGCUGCUUCAUGGUUCUCCCCAAUCUCUCGGCACAUACUGAAGCACAGGGCAAUCAUGUUGUGCUUUUCACUGUCCCCAGGGCGGCAGCGUUUGAUGUAAUCCAGCAGGGCUGUCUUCAGGGUACCACUCUGCCCAAGGGAGGAAAAAGGGAAUACCAAGGUCUCAACAAGAGAGUACAAGGCAGGCAGAAAUGGCUGAAUCCCUUGGUUCCUAAAGUUCCUUAAAAACCACCGAGGAGGAGGAGAGAGAGGGGAGGUACUGGGGGAUGAUAUUGACCUAAAUUAUAUUAUUGUAUUGUGUGCAUGUACAAAUAUGUAACACUGAAUUCCAUUUCUAUGUAUAAUUAUAAUGCACCAAUAAAAAUAAGGGAAAAAACUCCCAAGAAAACAAGAUCUAAAAAAAUACAAAAGUUUAUAAACUAUUCUCAGUGUAAGGAAACAGCAUGCACAUGUUGCUCCUGGGAAUGUAGCACUAAAACCUUUAAGAAGGGAAAAGCCUUAAAAUUUAAAAUAUAUGCAUUCAAAUACUGAUAAUUUGAUUUCUAGACAUCUAUCCUAAAGAAAUAAGCAGAGGAAGAGUGCUAAAAUGAAUGUAAUGAAGAUACUUCAUAGCAAUUAAUUAGAACUACUCCAAAUACCCAAAAUAAGGGCUAAGAGAAUACCUUGUAAUCAUUAAAAAGUGAUAUCGAAGAUUAUCUGCUGAUUUGGAAGACAGUCAUGGUUAUGCUUAGUGUUAGGGGGAAAGCAGGUUGUUUCAUAUCUUUAAGCUUGAUGUAAGUUUUUUUAAAAUAUGUACAUAUGUUUUGGGGUACAUGUCCAAACAAAGGGCAUAUACCAAACUGUCAACAGUGACUGUCUGCAGAUAGUAGGUAGACACCGAGGACUUUUUCCCUGUUGUUGUUUUUCAAGUGUCUUACGUGGAGU